CGCUGUUUCCCCUUGCCAUCAGGUGAAACCACACAUGGUUUAUGGCCCAUGUUUUCGUUCUGUGUGUGUGCACAUAUGGAUACUGUACAUGAUGAGGAACCUCAGAUUGACCACGCCACAAUGGGUGACAUCAAUGCGUCCGAAGGUCAGCCAGUCCAGAUAUUGUAUGGUGGCCUUUCCUGCCUAUUGAGCUUCCUCUUUUCGACCCACUCCCUGCACGUGUUCAGUGAUGUAUGUUGAAGGAGGGCCAGUCCCGUCUAUUUGUUGUGGUGCUGUCUCUACUCUGUGUUUUCCGUCAUUUGCUCUCAGAAGGGAAAGUACUGCACCUUGCGACUGCAGAGACACCGGUGGCUGCUCACAACGGGGCACCAGCAAACGCAAGCGGAGGCUUGUGACAUCUUGGUCGUCUGCAAGGUACAAGUUUUGCACGGGAAGCCUGGAGCUGCCAAACGGUAUAGUCUUGACUAGGGGUUUCUCUAUUUUUUUAUUGAAACCACGAAAAAAGAACGGUGAAAAAAAGAAAAAGACGACCGGAGUACAAAAAAAAAAACAAAAACAAGCAAAGGAAGACCGAACAACCCUCCAGUUUGCCUUUGCGUCGCCAGCGAUGACACAGCAGUCACUGGAGCUAGGGGAGGCUGGCGGCAUUGCUGCUGUCGGGCAUGAAAGCCGACGGCUCAACUGCAUACUCAUUCUCUGGAUGACAGUGCUCACUAUCGGCCUGGCCGCCAACCUUAGCCUCCACUUCAUUGCCAUCCCUGGAGCUCCUGGUAAAACACUGGGUAGAGAAGGUACCCAAAACCCUCCCAUACCAAACAAAGCAGACGUCACCUUUUUUGACUUGGUCCCUUCAAAAUCCGCUAAUGAAUAUGGACCUAUUUCAUGGAACAACAAGGAGGAUAUUGACAUGGAGCAAAGUGAAACCCUAAUAAGUAUUAAAGAAGAUGGGUUUUAUUUCCUCUAUGGACAGGUGACCCUCAUGUCUGGCAGUACUGGUUCUAAUACUGUGAAGAUAAUAAAGAAAAGUAGCAAUAAAGGAGAAGAAAUCGUUCUGGAGAGCUCCAUUGGUGAGAAGUCAAACUCAACCGGCUUCUUUGGAAAGAUCCUGCGCUUGGAGGCUCAGACUAGCAUUAGCAUCAACUGCUCCAACCACCACCUGCUCAAAACAGACACAAAGAAAAAUCUUUUCACCUUUGUGGGGAUUUACAAAAUGGGUAAGCUUGGGCAGUCGACUGACUGACCACUCCAGCGCAUUCAAAAGUGGACCAAAAGAAUGUAUAAAGCAACCCAUCAGUCAACCAAGCACCAGCAAAAGCCAAUGACUUGUUGAGCCAAUGAAUGUUUUCAUUAUUAUUAUUAUUAUUAUUAUUAUUAUUAUUAUUAUUAUUACCAUUGAGUUUUUUUUUCUUUUGGGGGGGGUGCCUUUAUGUUUAUGACAGUGGUGAUAUGACAGUGGAAAGAGAUAGAGAGAGUGGGAAACAGAUGGGGUGGGAUCUGGAAAUGACCGCAGGUCGGAAUCGAAUCUGGCCCCCCAUGGGCGGAGACCCAAUUGUGAUAGGGUGCUGCCACUUGUGCCACUGCUCCCCAGCCAAUGACUUCUUUUCCUGUUGACUGUGAAAGCACAGCCAUUUGUCUGUGAAGAUGCAGCUGGGAGACACCAGACCAGAGUGACCAUAAGUCUGUAGCUCACAGGACCAUCAUAGCUUUGUGAUUACGGUAAUGUGUAUCUCAGUGGAUGAUAUAGACCCUUUCAAUCUGUUCCUAGAGGAUUUCUGGUUAAAGCCAGUUUGAAACCAAUGCAGAGGCUUUGAAAUGAAAAUGAAUCUGUCUUUAGUGUAAUGUUCUACAAAAUGUUGACUUUUUCUAUUUUUGUUUGUCCCCAAGUUACCAUUGGCUCAAUGUUGUUUUCUGUGACACUGGAAAUGCUAAAGGAACGCACAUGUUUGUUUCUGCAGUUGAAAGGGUUUAUGUUCCAAAUUAAGACUCAUGGAUCAGCUCUCUCUCUGUUCUAUUCUCACACAGCUCACUGUACUAGUACUAGAGCAAUGUGUGACACAAUAUGGCCAGGAUAAAAACCCCAAGAAAUGUCAGGAAAGAUCCUGUCAUUAAUCAUCAUAACUGAUGAUGUUUGAAAAGAAUGUUUCAGUGUGCUAUAUUCUCAUAAGCUGCCACAGCGGCUCGAUAGUGUUUUAAGCCCCCACCGUCGACUUCAAGGCACCUAACCCUAACCUUAACCCUAACCCUAACCCUUGCCAAACCCUAGUGCCUUCCAUGCAGCGCUGCCUUGAAGACGACGUUAAAACACCAACAGGCGCCUCAGCACCAUGAAGCUGCCAUAGACAGACCUUCCCUGAUCAUUCCCUAUGAUGGCCACAUGCAUGGUGCUUGUCCUGUAUGCCUGCAUGUGGCACCUGUCAUGAUAUGUUCAUAAAUGUGAUUGUCUCGUAGGGAGGCUUUAAAAAGAGUUUGUAUAAAAAAAAAUGUAUGAUAUGCCUUAGAUUUCAUAUGUUUAGGUUUUAUUUCAUAUAUCCUUAGUGUAAGGAUAACACUUAGUUAAGUUAAAGAGGACACUGGGUUUGGUUAGUAUGACCAUGAAACAGAGGAAAUCUCUAACUGUAUAAUUUGUGUAUACAUUAUAUUGAGGCCUCACUUGAAACUUCACAAAUGUCAAGAGCAAAUUAUGGAAAUUCACAAAUACAGACAUGCCAUUGCAUGUGUGAAGUACAAACUGUGUUUUGAAAGUGACACUGAAAAAAGGAGAAAGUGGAAAUCGAGAGAAGAAAGUGAGUUUUUACUCAUAUGUGUAUUGCAGUCAGAUCUAUAUGGAUAUCUGCAUCUGAUUCUUCAUUAUGCUAUGAACUACACUGGCCUUAUUUAUAUAAAAAUAUUUAUUUAUUUACACAUUUUUAAAAAAUUUU